AUGACUGUGACGCAACAGAAGGGGAGCAUCUCCAUGAUGACAACAAACAGCUUACGUGGCAUAGCCGGCAGGAUAGAGAAGAUACGAGACGAUAUAGAAUCGUACCUUGGCAUAUUUGAGAGGACGGCCACCUGGAACCAGUGGCAGCAGACCGAGUGGGCGUCCAUUCUAGCACCAUACUUGAAAGGUCCCGCGCAGCGGGCUUAUUACGACCUCCCCAAGGAGGAGGCCGCGAAUUAUGACCUCCUGAAGGUGGAGAUCCUGGGGCGCUACGACAUCAGGACCAGCACGAGGAUCAUGCUUGCUUGUCUGGCUGUCGCGGCUUUCACAGAGAAAACUGUCCUGCAGCGCCAGUGCCAUCACCUCAGUCUGAUAGCAGAUGCCUGGGCAUGUUGUGAUCUGAGUUUCAAACUACUACUAGCAAUGUCUAAUAAAACUGCAUUUCACAGCUGGAAAUUUAGAAAACAUUUCAGAUAUGUCGCGGAAAAGGGCAUAAAUCUAACUGUGCAAUGUAAUGCUUGUUUGCCGGCUAUCAAGAUGUUGUCCACAUCGAAAACCUCAAUGUCCAACCUCAGGAAACAUCUAGAGAGGAGACAUCCAAGUAUUCUUCUGACGCAAGAUACACCAUGUCAGUCUGAUGAUCUGCCAAGCACUUCUACCCAAGAAUCUUCUCAACCUCCUAUGAAGCAAGCAAGGAUAGUGACAGGGACAAGGUUCAGCGUGUCACAGGAAUGUGUGAACAAGUUGGUGUUUGAUUUUGUCGUUGAAGAUGUACAGUGCUUUUCAGUAGUGGAGCAACCAUCAUUCCGGAAGCUUGUUGAGGGUCUUAGUGGUGGGAAAAAAACAAUGUGUAGAAAGACUCUAAUGCAGCGGAUUGAUAGGGAGUUUGCAAUUAUGAAGGAAUCUGUUAUCUCCAAGCUUAUUGAUGUGGACACUGUCUGCACAACAGCAGAUAUUUGGUCAGCACAAAACCGUAGUUUCUUUGGUGUGACAUGUCAUUGGAUUGAUAAGGACACGCUAGAGAGGCAUUCUGCAGCUUUGGCCUGCACCCGCCUGAAAGGUCGACACACCUACGAAGCGGUUGCAACAAAACUAAACAAAAUUCAUGCAGAAUAUAAGAUUCAAACUAAAGUCAGAUGCACUGUUACUGACAACGGAAGCAACUUUGUAAAGGCAUUCCAUGAAUUUGGUGUUAGUGAAGAGGAGACAGAUGAUCACAGUGAUGGUGUGACAUUUUCUGAUGUCAGUGGUCUUCUUCAGGAAGAGGAAGAUGAGCAGUUUUUUCUUCCACAACACCAGCGGUGUGCAGCUCAUACUCUUAAUCUAAUUGCCACAAAUGAGGUUCACAAAGCAGGAGAGAACGGUCCAUCGCGUAAGCUAUACGAAGUGCAAUGGCAAAGUGCUCAUCUAUCUGGAACAAAUCACAUAGAUCUUCAUUGGCUGCUGAGGCAAUUCAGGAUAUAG